AUGAAGAAAAUUCCUUAUGCCUCAACUGUUGGUAGUUUGAUGUAUGCUAUGAUUUGCACUAGAUCAGAUAUUGCUCAUGCAAUUGGAAUAGUCAGUCGGUAUCUAUUUAAUCCUGGUAAGGAGCAUCAGAAUGCUAUCAAAUGGAUUCUCAGGUAUCUUAAGAGAACUUCCAAUUUGUGUUUGUGUUUCGGCAAUGGUAAAACUAUACUAGAUGGGUAUACCAAUGAAAAUAUAGCAGGUGAUCUUGACAAUAGAAAGUUCACAUCUGGAUACUUGAUGAUUUUUCAGGAGGAGCAAUAUCAUGACAAAGCCAAGCUCUAUGGAGAAGUUGCAGGUGCUCCUAAGGCAUCCUAUCUUCUGCGGCCUGUUCUUGCUGCUAGUUUAUGUUCAAACCUUGCUAUGGCUGGUUCCAUAGUUAAGUUUCUUCCAGGAUUUGAAGGACCCCUCCCCUUUGAACUCGAAACCGGGUAUAUUGGAGUUGGUGAAUCAGAGGAUGUGCAGCUCUUCUACGCUUUUAUCAAGUCAGAGUCAAAUCCUCAAUCGGAUCCUCUUAUCAUUUGGUUAGAUGGAGGCCCUGGCUGCAGUUCAUUUAUUCCACUUUUCUUUGGGAUAGGACCAGUAAUUUUGGAGCCAUUGUCGUUCGACGGCACUCUGCCCAAAUUGGUAUUAAAUCCCUCUACUUGGACCAAGGUUGUAAGCAUCAUCUUUCUGGAUUCGCCAGUUGGAACGGGUUUUUCUUAUGCUAAGACUGCAAAAGCUUCUCAAUCUUCAGAUUUUCAAGCCUCUGAUCAAGCUUAUGAAUUUAUCAGGAAGAAUAGUGGAAUCCUGCAUGGCUCUGCCCAAAAUUGCCUCCAUUGGAUUCAAGUUCUCUAUGAACACAGUUUUGAUUGUAUAGAACAGUUGACAGUGAAAGAUGAAUAAAAGUUACAUCAAUAAUAAUUGGGUAUAGUAGUUUCGACAGUUAGCGUCAUGGAAGCUAUAGUAGAGGAGGAGGUCUGUUGCAUGGGGAAAGAUCCCAAAGUCUCAUGAAAGGUGGCAAUCUCUAGAAUGGAAUAUCCCACUCACAGUGUUUAGUUAGUGAA